UUCGGUUUGCUGCUUCUCAGGUGUUGCUGUUGGAAUGCCUUUGCGGAAACUUGUGUUGGGGCAAGUGACACGGUCACGUCUGCAGCUGGCUCUGUCAGCUGCGUGCCUGUAGCUCCCGGCUCAUCUCAUUCACCGGUCUCGACCUGCGGCUUGCAAAAUGCGAAGGAGAGGUAUUCAUGUAUUCUGCAUGUGGGUGAUGACUUCUUCGGCUUGACGUUCGUUCGCUAUGUGUAGGGCAUCAUGCGCAGAUUGAGGUCACCAAUCCAGCGAGGUUCCAUCCGUUGGUCUGUAAGCCAUUGGAGUGGGGCAAAGCGGCGGCCCAACGGAUGAUGGAGGAAUGCCAGAAGAUCUUGGCAGCUCUGGCAGAGCUUGAGGUCAACGCAGCAGCGGCCGGCAGAGGCUUACAUUCGGCCAACACUUUGGCCGUCGCUAUUCCGAGGUCACCCAAAGUGACCCAGGCUAUUGUCGAUGGGCCCUGAGUAUUGGACACCCGCAGGCGGAACUCAGCCCCUGAAGAAUACGAAGAUGAAGGCGAAGGCAAAUCGGAGGAAGAGGCGGAUGAUCUUGAACACGAGGAGUCUUCAAAGCCCCUGGGGUGUUACGCCCCUGGCCCGUUUUCUUGAACAACGUCAACGAUUUUUCGGGAAUACUUGGAAAACUUCAGGUGCAGAUCGAACAAGCUGCUAGACUUGGAGAACUAAGCCAGAGACAGGUCGACAAGCCAGAGAGGUUUUGCAUGAUUCCUUCGGACAACUAUGACCAACGAUCCCUUCAGGAGAGAGCAAUUGCCAAGAGUCACCUACUCGGGUGCCCAGAACCUGCCUUUUCAGCGGCACGCAACGUCCAGAGAGUUGCACCUUGGCUCUUCCGGCAAAGCAGCUCUGAUCAAGCCAGAGUUUUGGAGGGCUGCAUCAUGUUCUUAUUCCGGAAUGUAUUUGCUUUGUGCCGUCCUUCAAAGACUGGCAUGCCAACCGCGCGACAUAUCUGGAUGGUCCUGACACGUGAAGCCAGAUGCCCCAUAUGUAUGGAUGAUUUUACAGCCUGGGAAUCUGGGCAAGCCAGUGAGAUCGAUGGCUUGGGAAGCGUCAUGAAUGCCCAAGCUGUCGGUGCGACAUCACAGAUCUUGGUGAAGAACAGGCCCCAUAUGUAUGGAUGAUUUUACAGCCUGGGAAUCUGGGCAAGCCAGUGAGAUCGUGCCCGCUUCGGCAAUGGUGGUCAAGGGUCUUCGUGUUCGUGUUGCGCACCAUCUUCCUUCUCGUCCUCGCUCUCCUCAAUCUCAACCUCGUCGUAGACCUUGUAAGGUAACAGAUGUCAGCUGAUGACGGAAAGUUGUUCACUAUGACAUCCUGCUUGGCCUUCGGCUUAUCAUGGUGUUGUGAGCCAAGCUCGAGUUGUAAAGGGUGCAUGCGUGUGCACUAGCAAUGCAAGCUUGCAAAGCAAGACUUUCGAUUCACCAUUGCAUCAGGA